ACAGGAAGGGGAGCUGGACCAAAGUGUCACCAACAUAGCAAUAUAAUAUUUGGGGGAAAGAGAGGUCACACGUUUCCACUGAGAGUUGUGUUUUAUUUCCGUUUAAGAAAUUCUUGCUUCCCAUUUACAGCUGAACUCUGAAAACAGGCCCGGUGUGUGUGAGGGAAAGGGAAGUGAGAGCACCGGAAGAAGGGGCUUCUAGGGGUGGGGGAAGCAGGCCAUUUGGAGGGACUGUCCCUGAAGAGAGAGCAGAGGACUUGUGUGGGGCUGUGGAAGAACAUACCCCACAAGGAGGAGCCAUACUUGGGCCCCCCUGCAGGACCGAUCGCGUGUUGACCCACCAGGUCCCGGUCACUAUCCAAAUGGCUCUGAGCCCGUGCCAAGCCAGGAGACCCUGUGGGGCGGUAAUGAGAAGCCCCAGGGACAUCUGAGCUGCCCUGCGUGCCAGGCUAGGCGGAGUGCUUUCUCUGAGCCAACUUAGUUAAUCCUCACCACAAUUGGCACAUGGGUUGGAUCGCCUCCCUUCCCCAAUUCUGGCUCCCCUUACAAGAAAAUCCAGGCUCCUCCCCGUGCACGAUCCGGCCCCUGGAUGUCUCUGGGCUCUUCCCCUUGCUUGCUGUGCCCCGGCCAUACUGGACGCCCUUCUUUUCCUGGAGCACACCAGCCUGGUCCUGCCUCAGGGCCUUUGCUCUCCACAUUGUGCAUGGUGACCUUUCCUCUGCCCUCCCGGCUGCUUCCUUCUCGUCACCUCAGCUCAAAUUGGGAGAGGUCCACCCCGGGCACCCUAGUAAAGUAGCUGUCACCCUCCAGACGUGCUGUGUCCCCAGUGUCUGAGAUGAUCACUGUCUGCGUUUCUUGUGAGUCUAAAAGGAUGAUGAGUGGAAUUUUUUCUUUUUUCCCGGAAUUGCAGACUAGGCCCGGAACCGAGGACAGGACACACAAAAUACUUGCCUCCAUUCCAAGUUCAGGGAGCUGCAGGCAGCUGGGGUCAGCCCCCUCCAACAGGGCUGAUGGAGAGGUGUCCCCUCAGAGAGCCAGCCCCGCCCCCACCUCAUUCCCCUGCCGAGAAUGGUGGGGGGGUGGCCUUUAGGCGAGUGCAGUGUUACUGGUGAAAGAGCAUACCUCCCUCCCCAUCUGGAGGCCCAAGGAAGGCGGGGUUCCAGGGCACCUGCUGGCCAUCCCCGCCCCCCUCCCCGGGCUGCCAGAGCACAGACGGAUGAGAGGAAGUGAGUGGGGGUGUGCCUGUCUGCACGGUGCCCUCACACCCCAGCCAGUGAGCCCUGAGGGUGAGCAGCAGGGGCUGCACGAGGUGGUGGUAUCCGUCGGCUCCCUGUCUCGCACUGGCACCCGCCGUUUGGGGAAGAGGCAUGGCUUGUGUGAGGUUCCUGCAAACAAGCACCAAAGCUGGACUUGGAAGCCAGGCCUGACUGACCGAAAACCGGAUGGUCUCUGCGUUAGCUCCUGCCUCCCUUCUCUGCCCCUGACCGCCGGGUACAGAUGGGGGACGUGGAAGGGAUGUGGAAGCGUGGGGAGCAGCGGCAAGCUUAAACAGCGGAGCCUGGCUGUGAAUGAGUGUAUCUGUCAAUCGAAGGAAAGGGCUUUGCGCGAUAUGCGCUAAAAUAUGAAUGUUACAGAUGCAGGAGAAACUGGAAUGAUCUGGCCAUCUACUGAAACUUGCUGAAGCAAACCGUUAUGACGUCUCUGGACCCUGUACUGUCCCAGGCGGAAAGGCUAGUCUGAGGGUACAGGAUGGCAAAGAGGUCAGCAGCAAAGCCUAGGAGACGGGGCUGGGGGAUUUAGCCGCUUCGUGCCUCGCCCGGCAGCCUGGGAUCCCUGUGCUGGGCGCCCCGCACCAUGGAUCCCCCGGGCUACAACUGCUUUGUGGACAGAGACAGGAUGGAUGCGGCCGUGCAGGACCUGGGCCCCAAGGAGCUGAGCUGCACCGAGCCUCAGGAGCUGAAGCAGCUGGCUCGCCAGGGCUACUGGGCCCGCAGCUACGCCCUGCGGGGGAAGGUGUACCAGCGCCUGAUCCGGGACAUCCCCUGCCGCACGGUCACACCGGACGCCAGCGUAUACAGCGACAUCGUGGGCAAGAUCGUGGGCAAGCACAGCAGCAGCAGCCUGCCCUUGCCCGAGUUUGUGGACAACACGCAGGUGCCCAGCUACUGCCUGAACGCGCGGGGCGAGGAUGCCGUGCGCAAGAUCCUGCUGUGCAUCGCCAACCAGUUCCCCGACGUGUCCUUCUGCCCCGCCCUGCCCGCGGUCGUGGCCCUGCUGCUGCACUACAGCACGGACGAGGCCCAGUGCUUUGAGAAUGCCUGCCGCAUCCUGGCCUGCAAUGACCCCAGCCGGAAGCUGGUGGAUCAGAGUUUCCUGGCCUUCGAGUCCUCCUGCAUGACGUUUGGGGACCUGGUGAACAAGUACUGCCAGGCGGCCCACAAGCUGAUGGUGGCCGUGUCGGAGGACGUCCUGCAGGUCUACGCGGACUGGCAGCGCUGGCUGUUCGGGGAGCUGCCCCUCGGCCACUUCGCCCGCGUCUUCGACGUGUUCCUGGUGGAAGGCUACAAGGUGCUGUACCGCGUGGCGCUGGCGAUCCUCAAGUUCUUCCACAAGGUGAGGGCUGGGCAGCCGCUUGAGUCAGACAGCGUGAAGCAGGACAUUCGCACCUUCGUCAGGGAUAUCGCCAAGACCGUGUCUCCUGAGAAGCUGCUGGAGAAAGCAUUUGCCAUCCGCCUCUUCUCCCGGAAGGAGAUUCAGCUCCUGCAGAUGGCCAACGAGAAAGCUCUGAAGCAGAAAGGCAUCACCGUCAAGCAGAAGAGUGUUUCACUUUCUAAAAGGCAGUUUGUGCACUUGGCGGUGCACGCGGAGAACUUCCACUCAGAGAUCGUCAGUGUGAAGGAGAUGAGAGACAUCUGGUCGUGGGUCCCUGAGCGCUUUGCCCUCUGCCAGCCCCUCCUGCUCUUCUCCUCGCUGCAGCACGGGUACAGCCUGACCAGGUUUUAUUUCCAGUGUGAAGGACAUGAGCCCACCCUCCUGCUCAUCAAGACCACGCAAAAGGAGGUGUGUGGGGCUUACCUGUCAACAGACUGGAGUGAAAGGAACAAGUUUGGAGGCAAAGUGGGCUUCUUUGGGACGGGAGAGUGCUUCGUGUUCAGGCUGCAGCCUGAGGUCCAGCGCUACGAGUGGGUGGUCAUCAAACACCCGGAGUUGACCAAGCCAGUGUCCUUGGAGGCUGCUGCCGCUCCAUCCCCUCCCGGCCGCCCCACAUCCUCAGACCCUGCCGACCGCCUCUCGCCCUUCCUGUCCGCGCGGCACUUCAAUCUGCCCUCCAAGACCGAGUCCAUGUUCAUGGCUGGGGGCAACGACUGCCUCAUCGUAGGUGGAGGGGGCGGCCAAGCGCUCUACAUCGAUGGGGACCUGAACCGGGGCCGCACUGGCCACUGCGAUACUUUCAACAACCAGCCCCUCUGCUCUGAGAACUUCCUCAUCGCUGCCGUGGAGGCCUGGGGCUUCCAAGACCCCGACACCCAGUGACAGGCCUGCGCACGUGGGGACGGAGCUGUCACCGUGGGGUGGGGGUGGGGCAGUGGCCCCCUCUUCAUGGGGCAGGCAGUAAAGGAAGAACCCCCCCUCCGUGUGGUGGGCAGCAUGUGGGUGCAGCUGGGGCUCUGGUGCUGGGCUGGGAAGGGGUGCCCGGGCCUCAGCUGGCUGAGCCUUGCCCUACUCAGACCUAUGCAGACUUGCUUGGAUUCAGGCUCUGCUUCUCUGUGGAGCAUCCUGUGCCCAACGCCUGGAAGGGGCUACAUCUUGCAGCCCCUGAGUCUUAGUCCCUUGGUGCGGAGGUGGGGACUCCGAAAGCCAGAAGCAACCUUCCGGCAAGUGUGGGUCCAUGGCGCCCCCUGCUGGGGCCUGUUAGCACGGCUCUGAACGGAGCCCUGAGGCUGCCACCUGGUGGGCUGCUGAAGGCCCCCCGGGAGAACAGACGCCCUGGCGGCUGCCCCCUGUCCAUAUCCCCUCCCACUGUCCAGGGCUUCUCACCCAGUGUCCUCUUCUGGUGCUGGCCUCUGGUGGCCGCCUCUUGGACAGGAGCUGCAAGGUGAAAGAGGUGAGGGCAGGAUCUGGGCCCCUCCUGAGGGAGGGAGAGCCGGAAUGAUGCAGGGCUGGAGAGGACGUUAUGUGUCCUCGUGUUUCAGAGCCUGACGCUCCUGCGGGGCCUCUCUGUGGGUUCACAACUGGAGAGGCUGCCCAGGACGGCCCAGGGACGGGCCCUCUGCCACUGACCCCAAACCCGCCAGCUGCAUUUCCACAGGCUUGUCCAGAGAAACCCAGACCCCUGGGGGUUUCUUCAGCCUUCCUCCUCUCUGCGGGGGAGGGGGGGCCUCCUCUGCUCCCCUCGGUCCCUGCAGUGGCCCCAGGAUCCUGUCCAGACUCCUCAGCGUGGCAUGCUCGUCUUUGUCCAUCCCCACGGGCCCCAGGUUGCCGGGCCCCCCCUCCCCAGAUCCUUCCCACACGGCGCCUUCACCACAUGCCCCUCUGUGCGCCUCUCACAGCCCUGUGUUUGGCUACACAGUGUGGUGCCCUCGUGCUGCGGCCUGUCCCCCACUUCCCUGCCCCACCUGGCUCUGCACACGCCCUGCAGACUGUAGGGACCACGUGCAGACUUGCCAGGGGGUGCUGUGGGGAGUGACCUCCCACCCCAUGCCCUCCCUCAGCUGGUCCUGAGGGCCUGGGCACCCGGGGAGGGGGCGGGAGGGGGGGAGCAGACAGACAGACACCCAAGCAGCCGUGCUGGGGGCUUUGGCAGCCUGGGCCACAGGUGCUGGGGUCCUGGCCCCCACGUGGCUGCAGCCAGCCUCUCGGUGUCCCCACGCGUGAUGCCUCUGCUGUCUCCAUCUUGCUUGGUCCUCCUGUGGGGCACUGGCCCUCCUAGUUCAGUCUCCUCUGAGCCGGGCCGCCGUGGCGCAGGAGGAAGGACCAGGAGCCCUGUGUGGCUUUGGGCAAGCCUGUGGACCUGUCUGGAACCCAUUUUCCCCAACCGUAAAAAGGGGCCAGUCAUCCUGCACCGCUGUCUCCGUGGGACUGUUCAGAGGUUCUGAGGGGGACCGCGUGAGUCUCCAGUGAGUGGAGAGGUGCCGGGAGGCAGUAUCACAGUUCAUCUCCCCCCCGGCACACCACGGCAGCCCUUGCCCCCUCAGCCCCAGCCCUCCUGUGGCGCAACUUUGGUGUUCAUUAAACACGGUCUUGUUACAUGAACUCUGAGGGUCCAAGUCUGGUCUCUUCAACCAGAGGGGCCUCCAGGGGCUCCCCUGGGUGGGCCACCAAAUGGGGCACAGGAGGCUGCACCUUCACGAUGCCUGUCUGCGUCACCAGUGGAGUGUUGAGGGCCUUUGAAUACCGCCUUCUGUAAGCCACUGGAGGUAUAUCCAAGCACUGUUUGCGUGGCUCCCUCUGCAAACUUCUGGAGCCUGGGGAAUUCUUUGCUGGUGAGUGAGUCUGGAGGAGUCCCUGUGGCUGCCCUGAGGCUCCUACCUGGCCCUCGAAGAAAUCCAGCCCAGGAGGGAGAUGAUGGCUUAGUCACGGGGUCUCUGUCUAUAGCGUGCGGUCUCUGUGUGCACGUGUAGUGCCCAGGUUCUUCCACUUUGACGUUGUCGCCCGAGCUGUCCUGCUGAACUAAAAGGUAUGUGACUAUUACCUUCAUUUUUAAUUCUUAUUUAUUCUUGUGCGAUGUCAGGUGUUCCCAAAUAGAACACGUUUUGUUAAUAUUCUCUGUUGUUUCUUCUUGAUUACCUAGAAUUAGCUUUUGAUGUUAAAAAUAGCCAAAUUUUUAUGGAAUUGCAUGAUGAAUUAUCACCCGUUUUUCUAGAAACAUUUAGAAGUUUAUUUUGAGGGGUGCCUGCCUGGCUCAGUUGGAAGAGUGUGCUGUGCAACUCUUGAUCUCGGGGUCGUGAGUUCAAGCCCCACACUGGGUGUAGAGACUACUUAAAUAAAACUUAAAAAGAAAACAGAACAUAGUUUGAAUCAGUUCAUUAAGUUAAUUUGUUGAAGUGGACUAUAUGCGUUUAGGGCUUCAGAACGUCAGUUUUUUAAAAGUAAUUUAUAAUACAAGAGUAAGGCAUUUGUAUUAUGAAUUUUUCAGAGUUUUAAUUGCUGAAUUGAAAUUAAUAUUUCAACUUUUCCUACUUUUAUAAGCGGGGUGCUUAAUUUUUUGUUUCUCCUGGCAACUUGUUGCAGAAAAUUCUGAAGAUUCUAGGCUUUCAAAUUUCUUAUCCAUUUCCUGAAGCCAUAAGGCCUGUAUAGUGUCUUUUAGUAUUUAUUAUUUACCAGAUUUGGGUUUUGUAACUUUUCAUUCUAAAUAAUUUUAGAUUUAUGGAUGAGAUGCAGAGGUGGCCCAGCGGGUUUCCAUGGGCCCUACCAAGCUUUCAGAGGCCUCGUACAGCACAUGUAUCCAAGCAGAGAUGAAUAUUGGGAUAUAAUGCUAUUAACCACAGAUUUAAUCAGAUUCUUUGAGUUUUCCCACAGCCCUUUCUCUGUACCAGGAAUAGUUUUAAUUUGUAUAGAUAUUUACAUUUUUAUUAAAUCCAGAGUGACUUCAGAAUUCAUAGGAUGAGGGCUGCCUAGGUGUCCCAGUAGGUUGAGCGUCCGACUUUGGCUCAGGUCAUGAUCUCACAGCCUGUGACUUCGAUCCCCACAUCCGGCUCUGCGCUGACAGCACGGAGGCUGCUUUGGGUUCUCUGUCUCCCUCUCUCUCUCCGUCCCUCUCCCUCCCCUCUCAAAAAUAAACAUUAAGAAAAAAUUCACAAGACGAAACACUGGUCAAAAAAAUAAAUUAGCCAGCACACCCCCGGUCUCAAACAUGGAUUCACAUCUUGACUGUUGUCCUCGCCCAAAUGCCCCGUUUGCGUGGGGAAGUUACCCGGUGAAGCCAGGAGCACCAAGGACACCUCACGAGCGCGUGACCCUGCAGCGUCUAAGUUAGGCAGGAAAGCGUGUGGAUCUUCAAAAAUAACCUGGCACAAAACAGAAUCACGAUCUUCAUCAGGUUAGUGUCAGACUGUGCCCUGAAGUUAGGCACGGUGUCACGUGAUUCGCUGCUAAAGAUGAAAUGCCUCACACACUUGCAGACGUGCUCACUUGACCCAGCCGCAUGGAAUUUAACACUGUGUUUGCGACCGAAGAAGCAAAAUCAGUGGACACGCGGUCACGCAGACAUGCUGACCCGUGACGUGCCUCGGAGACGCACCAGCUGUUAAAAACCUGCUUCGGAUUGCUGAAUCCACAGCGUGUUCCCUAGUUAUCCAGUUAGUUUGGGCACCUAGAAGCCAUUUCAUCGGUGAGAAGCACCGCUGACCGUGGGGGCCUGCAAGUCGGGUCUGGCCCGGGGACGCCGUGGCCGCGUGAAGGCCGGGAGUGGGCCCUGCUCGACUUCACGCUGAGGUGCGCUGACUCGCAGAGGACUCACCUCAGCAAAAGCAAGCGAGCUCACGACUGAAGAGGAGGAAGUCGUGUGGAUGAUCUUACCUUCCAUUCUUGCGCAGGCCGGUUAUUGGCUGGAAAAUGGAGCAUCUGAACGAGUGUCACAAAGAAUCGUGAGGCCAAGUGAAAAUACGCUGGCGUGUGGCGAGCGGACGUCGGCUUUGCGGCAGAGUCUAAGUUGGGAAGAGUGAAAAUAAAGGAUUUUGUAACGUGGUUGGUCAGUGUUCAUUUGAGUCCUAAAUAAAAAUCAAUGAGAGCUAACGGACAACACUGAAA